AAAGUAAGUCCGUCCCUAUGUGUUUCAACUCAAUCACCCACACGGCGGAGCCUGAGUACACGACGGCUAAAACCUCUGUUUGGUGGGACAUUGAGAACUGUCCUGUUCCCAAGGGCUGCUGGGAUGCUCACAACAUAGCCCAGAAGCUAAACUCAGCGUUGGUGAACUUGAACUACCGUGGUCCUCUCACCAUCUCUGCUUAUGGCAACACCGAUCUCAUCCCUAAAGCUGUUCAACAAGCUCUCUCCUCCACUGGAAUCUCUCUUCACCACGUCCCCUCCGGGAAGAAAGAUGCGAGUGAUAAGAAGAUUCUGGUUGAUAUGUUCUUUUGGGUGUUGGACAAUCCUGCUCCGGCUAAUUUGAUGCUUAUCUCCGGUGAUGGAGACUUCUCUGAUGCUCUUCACCGGUUGAGAAUGAGAAGAUACAACAUUCUUCUUGCACAUCCUUUGCAAGCUUCACCUUCUCUGGUUGCUUCUGCGAGGACAUCAUGGAUGUGGAAAAGCUUGCUGGCAAGUGGUUGUCCAUCUACAAGAAGUUCUUGUUCCUUCGAUUCUGAAAUAUUUAGCCAAGAUGUUUCUGUUUCUGAGCGUGUUUUGUCGACACAAGUAAUUGAUUCAGGGUCUGGUUCUACUAAGGCUGCGAGGAAGAAACUGAAGGAUGUCUUGAAAGAGCUGAAUCAACAAGAGACAGAAAGAAAGAAGGUUCAGAAGAAAUGCAGUGAAUCUGAAUGGUUCUGCAGAGUAUGCAAUGAACAUGCAGCUAAAUGGGAGCUGAAGCAAAACCUUGAACUGUUGGGUGAGCCUGAAAACAUAGCUGCAGCAUCAAGUGGGUGUCAUGAGCAGGACACAAGGAUAAUGAAUAAGGUGGUUGAAGCAGGAGUUGAGAUGACUACACUUUGCGGUUCUCCCAGUGUGGUGAAGAAACAAGUAGAGGCUCUCGUUGAUGCUAAAAACAUAAAAGAGAUUGUUCAAGACAAUGAUAUGCAGUCUCGGGAUGCUCAAGAGUCUAUGAAGUGUUUAGAGAAACAGAACAAGGAAUUGAUUGAGGCUAUUACAACGUCUGAAAGGACUGAAAGAGAGUUCUGGCAGAAUUUUAAAGAAAGGCUUGACAAGAAUGGUGUAGCUCCCCUCAAUGUAGAUCAUGUUUUCAGUGAACUAAGCCGCGACUUUUCAGUGCCUAAAGAAGUGAGGGAGUGUUUUGAAGCAAUCUUCAAGAAACUAGAACCUACACAAAAUGACAUUGAAAUCGAAAAGUUGGAGGACAUGCUCAAACAAGGCUUGGAAAUAGAAUCACCUGCAGGAGCGACUGAGAAUCUCGAGGAGGACAUUAACAUGAAGAAGAAGGAGAAGAGUACAGUGAGUGAAGACGAGUAUGAACCAUAUGUUUGCAGUAUCUGCGAUGUAACUUGUCCACAUCCUUUGGUGUUCGAGUCUCAUCAUAAGGGACGGAAGCAUGCUGCUAAGUUGAAGAAGCACAUAGAUGCUCUGCUUGAUAAUCCUCAGAUACCAGAGGAAAUCAUCCAAGACAUGACAAAGGAGCUCCGAAUCAAGACUGGAGAGGCAGCUGAGAUCAUCGACUACUUAGAUAAGAAAAGACAGGAGCUGGGAGAGAGAUGUGCCACCUCUGAGAAGAGUGUUGAAGAAUUUGUUCAAACUGUUGAAGAAGUAAGAGAGAAUGAUUACAAAUCUCUUCCAAAUGAAGAGUGUAUCUUCAAUGAACUAAACCUUGAGUUGUCUGCCCCUCAAGAGUGUAUUGAUGCCAUUUUCAAGAAACAAGAAGUUUCAGAAGAUUCAAGCUUAACCUCGGAGAUUGAGAGUAUACCAAACGAGAACCUGGAAAUGAACUCAGGCGAUCCUGAAAGUAGCUCUGCAGGAGCUAGUGAGCAUCCAGAGGAGUACAUGGACAUGAAGGAGAACGUGACUAAAGAGAAAGCUGAAGUUAAAGCAUAUGUGUGUAGUAUUUGCAGUGUGAUCUGCCUUUCUCCAGCCGUCUUCGAGGCUCAUCUGAUGGGCAAAAAGCACGCUAAAGGAGUAAAGAAACAGGCAGAGGUUCUGUUUGAUGAUAAAAAAGUUUUGGAACAAAGUCUUGAAGAGAAGGAUCAUCCAAGAGACACGGUGGAAGAGGUUGAGUUUGAGCCUAAAGAUGCACAAGUGAGUAUCAAAGAAGUUACUCUAAUCAGUAAAGCACGAGUAGAUAAUAAUGAGAAUGAACAGAUUCCAAGUGUUAAGUGUCCAGAUGACAAGGAAACGAGCAGAGAGAAGUUUGACUCAAUUGUCAAAAGAGCAGAACUUUUCAAGGAGAAAACGUUGAUUGAGUCUGGAAACGUAUCUGAGCGUGUGGGGGAAGUGAUGUGGAAAAGGAAGGAGAAUGGAGUUGCAUCAGCUCAAAUCAGGGUUUGUGAAUUCUGCAAUGUGAUGUGCAGUACCCAAAUGGCUUUUGAUUCACAUUUAGCAAGUAAGAGACAUGCUGCCAAAACUCAAAUUAGGGUUUGCGCUUGGUGCAAUGUGAUGUGCCAUAAGCAAGAGGAUUUUGAUGUACAUCUGGGAGGUAAGAAGCAUGCUGCCACUCUGAAAAAGCAUAUGCUCAUCUGUUGAAGGAUGAAGUUGCCGUGGUGUGGAAGCAAAGCUUGGACCAAAAAAUGGGCCUUGAGCUUAACACUAUCCAUUGUUAUUGGAUGAUUAACAAAACUGUAACUAAUUGACGGCUUAAUGUUCAUUGAGAUGUGGCCUAUUUAAAUAAAUAUUGCCCAUAACUGAGAAAUAAAUGAAUGGGUAAAGAAAACAACUUAAUCAAAUAGACUUGUAAAGUUUUAACCUAACAUAAUCCAGCUUGGACUUUAAGGGAAAAACC